GCGCCGAAAGGGCUCCGGGCACUUCCGGUACCGCUUGGCGGGAGCGGAAGCGGCGCUGUCCGGGCCGCUGUGCCGGUCGCACCGUCCCGGUGGCUGCGGAUCCGGCGCCGGACAGUCCUCAUGAGAGGCGCAUGUUAACCUUGGUACCCUGGUUUACCCUCCCCAGAGCCGGAGGGAACGGACAGGACGGCAGCAGAGAAGGCCAGUGAGCAGCAGGAGAGAUGGCGACGGGCGCAGACGUGCGGGACAUCCUGGAGCUGGGUGGUGUGGAGUCGGAGAACACAGGCACCAUCAACAAGAAGGAUAUCAUCAACUCGGAUAAGAAAAAAUCCAAGAAAUCUUCAGAAACAUUGACGUUUAAGAGGCCGGAAGGAAUGCACAGAGAAGUUUAUGCUCUCCUCUACUCUGACAAAAAGGAUGCACCUCCACUGCUGCCAAGUGAUACAACUCAGGGUUAUCGAACAGUCAAAGCAAAACUGGGAUCCAAGAAAGUCCGGCCUUGGAAGUGGAUGCCUUUCACCAACCCAGCAAGAAAAGAUGGAGCAAUGUUCUACCACUGGAGGAGAGCAGCAGAGGAAGGAAAGGACUACCCUUUUGCCAGAUUCAAUAAAGCAGUGCAGGUACCUGUCUACUCGGAGCAGGAAUACCAGAUGUAUCUCCAUGAUGAUGCGUGGACCAAAGCUGAGACAGAUCACCUCUUUGACCUGGCUCGGCGUUUCGAUCUGCGCUUCGUGGUGAUUCAUGACCGCUACGAUCACCAGCAGUUCAAGAAAAGAUCAGUGGAGGACCUGAAGGAACGAUACUAUCACAUCUGUGCCAAGCUGACUAAUAUCCGUGCGGCCCCAGGCACAGACCUGAAAAUCCCAGUCUUUGAUGCUGGCCAUGAGAGGCGAAGGAAAGAACAACUGGAAAGGCUGUACAAUAGGACACCAGAGCAGGUGGCAGAAGAAGAAUACCUCAUCCAGGAGCUCCGCAAAAUCGAAACCCGGAAGAAAGAGAGGGAGAAGAGAACUCAAGACCUCCAGAAGCUCAUCACAGCUGCUGACACCACUACUGAGCAGAGGCGCGCCGAGCGCAAGGCUCCCAAGAAGAAGCUGCCACAGAAGAAGGAGACAGAAAAGCCUGCUGUUCCUGAGACUGCUGGCAUCAAGUUUCCUGACUUCAAAUCUGCAGGUGUCACACUACGAAGCCAGAGGAUGAAACUGCCAAGCUCGGUGGGACAGAAGAAGAUUAAAGCCCUGGAGCAGAUGCUGAUGGAACUCGGAGUAGACCUCAACCCGAUGCCCACAGAGGAGAUUGUGCAGAUGUUCAAUGAGCUGCGGAGCGACCUGGUGCUGCUGUAUGAGCUGAAGCAAGCCUUUGCCAACUGCGAAUAUGAGCUGCAGAUGUUACGGCACCGCUACGAGGCCCUGGCCAAAGCUGGUAGUAUUGGCCCCCUCACUGCAGAAGGCGCCCAUCCAGAUGGCCAGGCAGGGCUCGGCAUCGAGGAGGUCAAGGGAGAUACCAAGGACCAGAUCAUUGAUGUAGUAGGAGCACCCCUGACCCCCAACUCGGUGAGAAGGAAGGUUGUGGGGGCAGAACAGGGAGCACUCAGGUCUCCGACGCAGAUGCCCUGACAAGCGCUGGGGAUGCUGCCCUGCUCUCCCUCCAGGCAUGCGCGUCCAAGGGAGCACAGCACGCCUGUUUACCCCAAGUCCCAGUGCUGCUCUCUGGGCUUGUCUCCUGUGCUGGACAGUGUUCUUGGUGCUACAGGUGGGGUUGGCAGGGCUUUCUACAUCCUGCAUGCAGGCAGAUGGCUUGACGUGGGUGCCACCGUGGACCAAAGCAGCAAGGCUUUGGGUGACGAGAGCUUGCCCUAGGGCAGCAGCAGUGAUUCCAUUACAGCUGCAGGCCUGAGGCAUUUUCCUUCUAGACACAGCUCCAUAAGGGUUUCUCAGAGGGAAGUGAGUGGGAAAAGCAGUCUUGAAAUGAUGAGCCAUGACUUGCCCAAGUACCUGGCAUCAAGCAGUAGUUCUGCCUGAAGCAGGAGGCUUGGGAAGGAGAGAGGUGUUUGAAGAGCAAAGGGGUGUUUUUAUACCCUGCUUCCAGUGCUGUGAAAGGAAAGCCAGACCUUAGGGGUUCUUCCACUGUGAGCCCUGUGACAGUGUCCUGUGCAUGUACCUCUGCAGGAUGUGAAUUACCAGCCUCUCCUCCCUGCCUCCAUGAGGGCAGGCUGCCCAACCCCUCACCACUGCCUCAGGGCCAAGGGUAUGCCGGGGAUCAGCUGAGGUUGCUUUCCCCUCUGUGCAGUCCCCUGGCACAGCUGAGCUGAACUGCCUGGCAAAAGCUGCCCGUCUCCACACAGUGGCAUCCCCGACGCCUCAGAGAUACUGCCCCUGGUAGUGGCACAGACCUUUACUUUCUAAACUGUAUAAUGUAUUGCAGGAUAUUGAGAACACCUAAUCGGCAGAGGUGACACCUUAGUCUGGACUUGAGUAAUGUCCUGUUUGAUUGUGACAAUAUGGAGUCAUAAGGAAGCGUUCCACUGAGACAGGUUCAUGUUUGCAAAGGAGUCUUCUGAAUUUUUUUCUCCCCCUUACUGCUUUCAGUCUGAAAUCUUACCCCUCCCUGCGGUCCAGAGUGUCCUGGGUUGAAAGCUUGUCGGGCUGAUUCACAACACACUUGCUCUCCCUUGAGACUUUGCUUGUUGCGAAGCUGGAAGAGGUGGUGGUGGUGGUGGCCAUGGCUGCAGGAGGAGGGAGCCCACAUGUGUGGUUUUGACCACCUUGAUCCUCAAUGCCACCUCCUGGAGUUGGAAACAAAGGGGUGGGCCCAGGCAGCACAGAGAGGGUUAAACUGACCUGGUCUCUGACAUAUUUGAAAGAAAUAUAAUCAAGUUAAUUCACUGCAAGGCAAAUUCAGUACCUAAAGGGCCCCCAUGUUAAAUACAGCACUGACCUUUACCGGCUGAUUACACAAAGACGACACAAUUAGAUUAGUCCAAGACAAAAGGUCAAGCACAUUCACACUGUGACCAUUUUAUACUACCUUUUGAGGGGGGGGGAAAUUUACAUCCCAGCUGGAGGGGUGUCUUGGAGAGGAGCGAAAUGGGGCCGCUGUACCAUGUUCUGCCUGGCUCAGAUAUGUUUGGAGAGUCAAGCAGGGCCUGGCACUGUGCUUGCCCAGAACCCGGCCAAUGUGGCAGUGAGAGAGACAAGCAGCCUGUGACCCACAGCCAGCUUUUCCAAGGAUGGGCUGACCUGAGUGGAGGCCGUGUGUUGACGAUGCUCCGUGCCCUGCCCACAACCAGCAGGAGCCUACCCAGUGCCUCUCACUGAGCAUCAUGGCUAAAAUUGGCCUCUGGAAGAUAAAUGGGUUGGGAUGAGCUUCGAGAAGAGCUGGGGUAGGUGCUGGCUGGUGAGGUGUGUGGAUGUGUGUCCUGGGUUCGGGGUUAUCCCUGCAGGAGGUGGGCGACACCUUGCCCUUCCUCUCACCAGGUUUAACCCUGCCACGCCAGCCUUGAGCUCCCCAGUUCAAGUGUGUUGCUUUGCCACUGAGCUGCUGGGGGCUCUUGGGGGAAUCAUUUAAUCGCCCUGCUUCAAAUUCCUCUGGGUUGGAGAAUCCCUUUGUGCUGUCUAGCACUGCCCAUCCAUGGCACUCCACAUGUUGGAUUAAGCAUGGAUUAGUUUAGCCUCCAAACCAGCUGCUCCCCUGAAGCCAGAUUUGCUUCCCUAGAGAGAAGUAUCUUGCUCCAGAUGUUGGAGGGAGUGAGUGGCAAAGCCAGGAAUAGGACUAAGGAGUCCUGACUCCUGAGCCCUGCCUGGCAUGCCUGGGUUCCUUCCUAGGAAUUGGAACGGAUGGGCAAAGGCACAAUGGGGUCUUGAGAUACUGUUUGUGGCAACAUCUGGCUGCCUCCAUCCCCCUUGUCCAGCAGUGGGGAUGGAGGCAUCUCAGAAGGGUGUUAGGGGAGGUCUUGGCAAUGAGACCCCGUGGGGCAGUGGGAAGCUGGGUACCAGUCUGCCUCACCGUGUCCACCGCAUCCCGGCUGCCCUGGCUGCCUGUCCACCCUCCCCGAGGCACUGCGCUCCCGUCGCUGACCAUUAAAGCCAAGCUGGGAUCCCCCCAGUGCCGUCUGCCGCUGACCCUGGUAGGGGCUUUACUCGGGGCCUUUGGGAGGUGAAAGGUGAGCCGAACUCAGAACAAAUUAGUUCCAAGCAGAAGUUCAGCCAGUUACUCCAGAUUGGAUCCUUUGAUUUCCGCAACUCAGACUCCACUCAGUGAUCUGUAAUGAGUGACUCUCAGAAAUCCUCACAUUGCAGCACUUUGUUCCUGAGCUCACAAGUCAGCCCAUUAAUGGGUAAAGGAAAGGACCUUGAGUCUAAGAAGUCUCGGGUUCAGAGUCAGAAUUAUUUGACUUUUAAGCUUCCUUUAUCUGAACUCCUGCUGACUUCUUGUUUUCUGAGCCUGUUUGAAAGCUAGAAGUUACAUUGUUAAGAUCAAACAUUCUCUCUUUCCAGAUGGAGUUACAAUAUCUGUCUUUUAUAUAUAUAUUUUAAUAUAUAUAGUGUAUAUAUACCAGGGUGUAUAUAUAGACCUCUCCUUUUUUUUUUAAUCGUUCUUUCCAUUAAAAGAAACUAGACUUGUAAGCUCUUGUAAAUUAUAAUGUAAAACAUUUUUUUUAACCAGACAGUUCCCAAUUUUGCCCAAGGCAACUGGAAUAGCUGCGCCACAGAAGGCAAUAGGAAGGUGAUUAAUAUGAAUUUGUGACAUAUUUGAAAGAUGGGUCUUUUGCCAUAUAAAGAUUAUCAAACACA